UGGUGCGCAUGCGCAGGUCAGUUUGUGGCCUGGGCUGGUACUGCUAAGAUGGCGACCAGUAACAGCCUGGACGAGGUGUUGUGCAGUAACCCGGAGACAGCUGCUGUCAGUGCCGUGCUCGCGCCCGUCGACAGUGACUUGACAGAGCCUUCCGGAGCCCUCGCGAACGACGAUGACGGUGGAGGCGUGCGUGCGGGCGGUGCAAUAGGGGCGGCCAGGAAGAUCGAGCCUAGUAUAGGGGUCCGUGUCCCGGCGAAUAAGCUAGUUUGUGGUGGCGUGGUGGCGAUCGGCGGCCAAGGGCUUCCUCCUCCUCCUCCUCCUCUCCUGCGACCUCCUGCUCCUCUCAGUGGCGUCCUCGUCGGCCACCAGGGUAGUUCGUCGACGUCCUUCUCCUCCUCCAACUCCUCCUCCGCCUCCUCCACCACCUCCACCUCCUCCGUCGUCUAUGGUGUAGCCCCAACGCCCAUGACAGGGGGUCACCAGGGGGCAACAGUGAACGGCGGGGUGCCCGUUGGGGGCACGCUGAAUGCCAACGUCGUCGUGAAGGGACUCAGCAACAAGGUGGUGGUGGGGGGAGGGUCUUCUCAGCCCGCUGUGAUCAUGUCCAAGCCAGGCACUGUGACUGCUGUGCCCUCCACAGCCACCCCGGGCAACGUGUCCAGCCUGUCCCCCGCGGCGGGCAUGCAGAUCAUCAACAUGCGCCCAGGCACCAUCAGGCCCGCCGGGCAGGGCGCCACCACCACUACCCUCGGGCCCAGGAUGAUCCUGAGCCAGGCUCAGGUCCGCCCGGGUCAGGCAGGGUCACUGACCCUGGGAACAUUUCAAGGAUUACCCCCCGGAGCACAGGGCCAUCUGCUCGUCAAAACUGAAAACGGCCAGUUACAGCUCCUGCGUGUCAACACGGCCGCUGCACCUGCUGCCCCGGGCCAGAUUUCAGGAACAACUGUGACAACCACAGCUUUACAACAAGCCCCCAAUGCUGCCUAUAGAUUUCAACAGCCACAAGGUGGCACGGUCGCGGUGAGGUCAGUCAUGGUGUCGUCAACGGCCGCACCACGUCCCAACACCAUCAUCCUCCAGUCUCAAGCCAGUAACACUGCAGUUCUUUCUACAGCAACCACCACCACUACCAUAGCUACUCAAGCAGCGUCGACUGGGACAGUUACCACCAUACCAGCAGUACCUGUGUCAACAGUAGCUGGAACAAUCAUCACUCCUACCACUCUCACCUCUGCCACCCCAGCAACCCAAGCGCCUCAACCCACCACCACCACCACCACAACAACUGCAGGACAAACCAUCACGGCAGAGUCAGCAAAAACUAAGUGUAAAAACUUCUUAGCCACGUUAUUAAAGUUAGCAAAUGAGCAGCGAGCACCAGUUGCUCGCAAUGUUCGCAACCUAAUUCAGGGAUUGAUUGAUGCCAGAGUUGAACCGGAGGCAUUUACUGAGGAACUGCAGAAGGACCUGAACUCCUCCCCUCAACCAUGCCUUGUUCCUUUCCUCAAAAAAACAUUACCCUAUCUACGUGUGUCGUUGGCGAGAGGAGAGCUUACCAUCGAUGGUGUUCGUCCUCCUCCAUUAUCAUCGGUUACACCUGUUACGGGUGUCACUACAGUCAUACCUACUAUGUCUAUAACAAGGCCAGGAACCCCAGCUGCAUCAGGAACAGUGCGGAUGGUUCCCCCAACAGCAGCCACAGCUACAACUGUAGUUCAGCGACCUCCAAACGCCACAGCAACAUCUACAAGAGUCGUUGCGCAACAAGUACAACAGGUGCGUGUUCAGAGUGGGAAGACCGUAGUGACAACUGUAAGGCAGACUCCGUCAACGCAAACCACUACUGCACCCAUCACCACUACUACCACCACCACCACCACCGCCACUGUUCCAACUGUGACCAAAGCUGUUACCGUUAAUAAAGCGAUUCCUACCAAAGAUAAAGAUAAAAGUAAAGACAAAGUAUUUACUUACAGCAGUUCCUAUACGUCUAGUGGCGUGACCGAUGACGACAUUAACGAUGUCGCUGCAAUGGGAGGGGUCAACCUGGGCGAGGAGUCGCAGAGAAUCUUGGACUCGACGGGCUUUGUGGGGACGCAGAUACGGUCUUGUAAAGAUGAAAAUUUUUUAUUAACCGCUCCAUUAUCACAAAGAAUACGGCAAAUAUGCUCGAAAUACGGCUUAGGAGAUGCUCCAAAGGACGUUGUGGCUCUCAUAUCUCAUGCAACACAGGAAAGAUUAAAAACUAUCGUGGAAAAGUUAGCAGUUAUAUCAGAACACAGAUUAGAUAUCAUUAAGAGUGACAACCGUUAUGAAGUACACCAAGAUGUUAAAGGGCAACUCCGUUUUUUAGAAGAACUAGACAAACUAGAAAAGAAGCGGAAAGAUGAACAGGAAAGAGAGAUGCUUUUAAGAGCGGCAAAGUCUAGAAGUAAAUCGGAAGAUCCAGAACAGGCGAAAUUGAAAGCUAAGGCUAAGGAGAUGCAACGUGUGGAGAUGGAGGAGAUGAGGCAGAGAGAUGCAAAUCGAACGGCACUCAAUGCUUUACAAGGGCCUAAGAAGAAACCCAAGCUUGAUCUGUCAUCUGCGGAAGAGGGUGGAACAUUUAGUGGAACUUUUACUCAGAAACCGAUGCCAUUACGACCUCGCAUCAAGAGAGUAAAUAUGAGAGAUCUAAUGUUUUUGAUGGAACAAGAAAAAGAACUCAACAAAUCAUUAUUGUUAUAUCGCUCGUAUCUCAAGUAGCACGGAAUAAGCCAGGUGCAAGAAGGACGAAAUCUGUCUUCGCAGUCUCCACCUCAUUAGUGGGGAUGAGAGAGAAGAGGAUGAGGCUUUGCUUCCUCACUACUUUGUUCCACUCCACAGCAACCACCAUCAACCCAUCACGUUACAAACAGCUUCGAACUAGCCGUUUAUGUAUGUACGCCAGUAUGCUGCCAACAAGAGUGGAUGAGUUGGGGUAGCAGAAGCUGUAGCUGUGCGCUCAUGCAAAAAAUGUUGAACACUAUUUUGCAGCAGUAGUGCCAGCUUGGCUGAAGAUCUGUGAUUCUCUCAUGCAGCAUUGCAAGUGUCUUAAUUUUAUUCAUGCCUAUGGCAUGGUAGAUCCACAGAGACUGUGAUAAGGGCUGGAUCCUCACUGUUCCGAUUACUUUGUGCAGUCUUGACCAUUUUUGUGAGACUGUAUUACACCUGCUAAUGCAACUGUGUAUAGUCAGAUACUUUUGAACAGUGGGAUGAGACGGAGCAACGGCACUGAAACGCUUGCGCUCCAGAGACAAACGGCCACCAGCACAGGGAAAGUGGAUGUGCGCGUAGUGGCCUAUACAUCCGUGAAGGUACAACCAGACCUUUCUUUUAUUCCCCAAAUAUAUAGAGUAAGAAUCCUAUUUUGUGCAUGACCUGUAUAAAGUCUUAAUGGAUAGAAAAUUAUCAAAUAUUUUUAUCUGAUACACAUUAUCGUUGAAAUGUUAACCGAAGAAGGCAGGAGAAUAGCAACAAGAAUUUGAUACGUAGCCUCUGUAGAUAUUGUACAGUUUUUUAUGAAAUGAAGCCUUUUCUGUUAUUGUAUUGUUCUUGUAAUUAAUACAAAUAUAGCCUAUGGUAUGUCUUAAAUGUACACAAACAUAUGAGGCUGCAUCAAGAACAGUUAUUUAUAUAUUAUGGGUAUAUAAGUUAUAUAUAUACAGAAUAUACAUGUAUAUAUAUGUGUGUAUUCUAGCUAUGCAUGUGUAUAUAUACAUGAAUAUGUGUUUAUAGGUAUACAUAUGUGUAUAUAUAUACAGGUUCCUGUCAAGUCCAAUACUUCAGAUAAUCCUUGUUCAAAGCAUUAGAAACAACAAUUUCUUCUGUUGGUUACCGGUCCCACUAUGUGGGGUUUGCGAGGGGUUAUUGCAGUUGCCAAAGACAUUAGUUUGGAUUUCCUGUAUUUUAUCGGAGAUGGAGAAGCAAAGUGUUUGUGUGGACACCCAUGCUCUCUCUCUCUCUCUCUCUCUCUCUCUCUCUCUCUCUCUCUCUCUCUCUCUCUCUCUCUCUCUCUCUCUCUCUCUCUCUCUCUCUCUCUCUCUCUCCUGUUUUUUUUUUGUGUUCUUGAUAUUAGCCUCAUGUCAUAUUUAUAAAUCCUGUAGACUAAAAGCAGAGUCAUUAUCCCAAGGUGUGAAUGUUGUGUGAUGUAAGAAUUAAGGAGAAGAUUGUAUGCAAAUGAUUCUUGCAGAACCUUCCUGGAUUUAAUUUUUAUUUUUUGUAAUUAGGUAAUAGAUUUUUUUCUUGUUAAUAUAUGCAAAGUUAUGUAGUACCUAUCUGUGAGUCAAGUCAUAAAAGGAUUGGUGUGUAGACACUAUAACACCCAGAUAUUUGUAUCUAUUAUCUACUAGAAAAUCAUCUGGUUUGAUGGAAUUUAAAUUGGCUUUUUGAAACCAGUAUUUAUUUACUGUAACUUUGGCAAUCAUCUUUUUAGCAAAAGCAGUUUUACAUUAGGUUUUUAAGCAGUGUUGAAAAUUUUAUGCUUGGUUUUUCCAUUUCCUCUUUUAUAGAGCUUUUCCUACAGUUGUGGGAGAUGUUGGAUUUCCUCGGUCUUUCAUUGCAGAUUGACGACAGUCUCACUUAACGUUUGAUCAGAGGCCUACAGAGAUGUGUUUUACAACCAGUUUGGUGCUAGACGUCAUGAGUUGUGCCAUGCACAAAUAUAUGAACUCUUUCUUGCUAAAAAUCUGAAUAGGCUAUCCUUAACAAUAAGGUAACUAGAAUUGGAAUGCUAACAGGGCCAGUGGAGUCAAGAUCUUCAGUUUUGCAAUUAGUAUGGAAACCAACAAAUUUUUCAGUGCUUGAAAAUUGCAAUAACAUUUAAACAGUGACUGGUAUACACGAUUUUUAAACUUAAUCUUUAAAAAAACGAAUAUAUAAUGUAAAUAUAUAAAUAUAUAUCUUCAUUCCAGAUGCAAUUAAGAGUAUGUUAUACAGUACACUCUUUUCUAUUUUAUAUGGAGAAUGUUUGUCUAUGGGGUAAAAACUGUAACGAAAAAUAACAAUGUCUCCAAGGUGAAUAGGACAUGUCUGGGUUAUAAGGUCUUCAUAUGUCAUGUAUCAGAACGGCAGAGUAUCUUGUUGUCUAAUUUUACGUAUAUCUUUUAUUUAUGACAAAUUAGCUGGGGAAAAUAAUGGAUCGCAUGGUUUUUCAGAUACAUUUAAAUCUAGGUUUAUCACAUUGCAGUUAUUUACUUUUUAUAUUUUUAUAGAUGGCAAUGCAAUUGUCUUUGAACUUACUUUGGUUAGUAGAAACUCUAGAGACAAAGAAAUGUGUCGUAUCUGUAGGGUAAUCGAGGAAGCUAUAUUUAGGUUAAGGAACCUAAUAGUGUAAAUUAACAUUUCUUGCUUGUUUCAACUGAAGUACGGUGAAAGGGGUACAAACACAAGUUCAAAAUACCUCGCACAUUGAGUAACUGACAAGGGGAAACAAACGGUAGGUACGGCAUUCUCUUUUCGUCAUGCCGUAGUAGACGUUAUUAGGACAUCAAUGACUUUUCCUUCCGGCUUUAUAUGUGAAGGAGAACAGUUACUGAAAAAUUUUUGGAAGAUUAUAUGUUUAUACCACAUUAUUUUUUUUUUUUUUUUUCAGUAUUGUUAGGUAUCAGUACAGUAAUACGACUGCACCUUAAUUUAACUUUGAAACUGAAGGCAUUCCAUUUGUCCUGCUCUGUUAAAUGAUCUCAAGAGAGGAAGGUAAUGGUAAUAUUGUGGCAAUGUAUAUAAAAUCAAGAGGUGGUUUGCUCUCCCCAUCAAGGGUGUACUAGAUGUUACUUUGCGGGAAACUAGCAUCAAAAUACGACAGACGCACGAUUGGCUAAUACCUAAUACCUUCGGGUGGUUCAUUUUUUGAGCACUGUAGUUUGGUUGUCGGAUUGAAGUAAUUAGAUUUACUGGUAAUUUUUUUAUGUGCUUUUUAUUUAUUUAUUUUUUUUUUAUAUCUGAGGUUUGCAGCAAGGAUUGUCUGUAAAAUGACUACAGUAAUAACAUUGAAAGAUUUGAUAUGGAUUUAUAUUUUCCCUUUCACUUUUACUUUGCUGCUAUAGUAAUUUAUUUGUAGUUAGGUGAAAUGUUUACAGUAGGUGAUAGUACACUGUCAAAUGGAUCAGAUAUUUGAGAAUUUUCUUGCUACUACUGUCUGCUUUAUUUGCAAAUUUCCCUGUUUAUUUGCAGAUUUCUUACUGCUUUAUUUACUGUUUUUAUGUACAUUUCUUCAACGUGGUCUUUGGAUAUUUUAGUUAUUGGAUGGAUUAGUUAUGACAAAAUUUGAUUACUUCAUCUUGAAUUAACCUUAUUUAACAUACGUAUAUAUCUAUAUUGAGUUCUUUCUUAUAGUUUUUCGUAAUAUCUGUACAUGAUUCUAUUGCACCUAAUUAUGCCACAAUAUAUGUAAGACUUAGAUCAUUUACCAGAAAAAACCUUAGGUUAACACUGCUUGGUAUUUUCCACUUUGUGUUUAAGGAAUAUUGUCUGCAUUGUCACAUAUGUGGCCGUCUAUUCUAACAGCGGCCAAACAGAGAGCGUAAGUGUAAAUGAAACAGUUGUUAAACACUUCUCAGUUUAUAUCAAGCCAGUUGAAUCUUCUUUCUUUCCAGGCGGAGAACUGGUCACUUCUUGUAAUUGGUCAUUCUUCUUUUUUGUGUCUGAUUGUCUUUAGUUUUGCAAUUUGCACUGGACUUUCAAUGGAGAGUUUACAGAUUGAAAGGUUAUGCACAAGGUUAGACAGUUAUUCUCAGUUUCUUAGUAAUUGGGCAGAAUGAUUCACGGUAUAUAUUCUUGAACUGUAAUUUAUGUACCCAGUCAAAGAUUUGGGGGUCAGAUGACAUUCACUGUCCAUGAUUUCAGGAUGUAUUUUGUGUUCUAACUUCUUAACUCUCAACUCUGUAUUGAUGGUAAACCUUGUUCCAAUUAUAUGUAUAUCUUAGUGAAAUUAUCUUGAAUAACUGAUACAGGCAUAUUGUGAGGACGUAUGUUCCAUUAGUAUAUUCUCAUGGACCAAAAUCUUUAAGGGUUUCUCAACGCCUUCAUCAUUGCAUCAUAUGUUUGAUAUAAAUAGUUAUAUUUUCAUUUCUUCCUUUCUAAUACAUUAUUUAAUUUAUAUACAUGGACUUCUGUUGAGUGUUUCUGAGAAUAUAAUAAAAAGAUAAUAGUGU